AGCCACUUAGUUUCCAAAUGCAAUUACCUAAGAUGUAUUUUCUCGUACAAACUGAAAAUAUUCUACAACCACCUUUGUUUCCAAUGACAACCAAUAUUGUUAGGUCGCAGCCCCUUUGCUUGGUCCGGGCAACGGUGGCCAAUAAAAACCUAGUAAUGGUGACUGACUCACUUUGAAGGUAUUGACACAUUUAAAUAAGGCAAAACCAAUUCCGUGAGCCCCUUCAAUGAAAAUGAAAUAACUCCCCACCACAGCCACUAAUUUGGAAAAAUUCUAAAUUCAUGUGAAAGACAAGGUAAUAACCAUUUCUCAAUAGUUAUACUUUAUUUGCCAAUUGGUGAACUUGCCGUCCAGAUCAUUGUGACUCACCCUGUAUGCGACAAAGAUUGCAGAUUUCGUGUUUGUUUAAUGAUAUCGCAGAGUUCUGCACACACCUCUGAAUCUACAAUCAAUAAUGAACACAGAGGGUGGGUAUAAAUUGAGUCGAUAUACCAUGAUAGAGUGCACGUCACGAAUCAGCUGUAUUGAAAGCAUCACAGAAUAAACCGGGCCGAGACAAAUAUCCUGCAAAAUCACGGCACCGAUUGAUCUGAGCGGAAUCUGGAAAAACGUCAAGAACGAGAAUUUGGAGAACGUUCUCAAGGCGCUGAAUGUCAACAUUGCGGUGCGUAAGAUGGCGAUAUCACAAACUCCGGUCCUGGAGAUCAGUCAGGACGGAGACGUCUUCAAAAUCAUCACCAAGGGCCUCAAGACGUUCGACACCAACUUCACCGUAGGGCAGGAGUAUACUGAUGUAAACCCGCUGAACGAUGAGCCGAGUACGUACCUGCCGAUGUGGGACGGAGACAAGCUGCGCACGGAGAACAGCAAGAGUCACCCAGAGGCAAUUUGUGUUGUCCGCGAGUUGGUCGACGGACAGCUGGUCCAGACAAAGACUCAUGGAACCGGAGACAAAGCUGUGGUCUGCAAGAGGAUCUAUGACAAGAAGUAGGUGUUGGAGACAGACACUACGGAUGGGCAUCAAUGAUGCGGUACAAACAUCUACAGCCAUCGGUGGACAUGCCAGUGACAUUUUACUGACCAUUGGAACAAACAAAGUCCUUAUCAAAAGACUGGAACUGCAUGCACUCUUCCUGUAUAGAGUUAGGCCAAUACCAUUUGGACGGACUUUUAGAAUUAUAUUACGUAUAUUUGUAUUAACAUCUUUCUGUGCGAUACUCCUAAUGCAUCGACAUAAUAUACGCCUUGGUUGUAACGAAUUGAGCUCUACUGAUUGGUUCAAAAUCAGUCACACGUACAGGUUAUUACAUGGACUCCUAAACGAAAAUAAGAUCCAAAAUCUAGCCCAUACAAAUAUACCGUCGAGCCAAAUUGCAGUUGGUAUUUGCAAAAAUGUGUCUUGAACCUAAGAUGAUAUUGGAGCCUUUGAUGUCUCAUAGACUCAACAGCAGUGUUGUAGCGAGACCGGAUAGUCCG